AAUAAAACACUCAUGCACUGCUCUCACUUAGUACAACUUUAUUUUUUAUUUAUUAUUGUGUGUGUGAAAUUAAAAGUUAAGAAAAAGCCUCAGCAUAACUUGCCAAAUGAGCGGAGCGCUGCAGCUGUAAAGAGCGAGUCAGAUUUUCCAAUAGCUCAUUUAUGAGCACCAAGAACCCUCUCUUCUGUUUGCAGAUCUAAAAGAAUCUCCGCGCACCAGUAUGUUGUUGCUCCAGGAUACAAUGAGAUGUACCUGGUUGUCCUGGUGCCUUUUCCUGCUGUUUGUCUGGUACCCUGUGGGCAGUGUAGUUACGGAACCUGAGCUGGAGGACUUGAACCGGGACUGGGAGUGGGGCUCUGGUUUACACGAGCUCCUACACAGCUUUCCUGCAGAUAGUCCUUUUGUCACAGAAACGCCUGGCAGGCCAGCCAACUGCACUCAACGCUUUUGGCUGCCUCCAUCCUCCCCUGUGUGCUGGGAUGAUAUAGCAGGCCCAGAGGAGUUUGACAAGUCACGUCUUCUUGUGCUGCAAAACAGGGCAGCACUGCAGGCUGUGUACAGAGCUAGUGGUCUAGAGGAAGGGGGAGCCUCCUAUGAUCAACAAGCUAAGGAUGAUGUGCAGGGUAUCCGGGCCGAUCAUCUCAUUGUGUCCCAGACUGCUGAUACAAUGCAGAAGGUAUUUGUGGACUUGGAUGAGAAGAGGAAGGACAGAAAAGAACAUUAUACCUUUUCAAGUCUGAAGGAGCAACUUGAAAACACAAAAGACUCCAUUGCUAACAGGGAGCAAGUAGCAGCACUUCUGGAUAAACAUCUUGCCAAUCUUGAGAAGUCCUUGCACACUAUGCAACUUCGACUGGCCAAACUACUACCCCAGUGAUUCAGAUUAAACCAAACAACCCCAUGUUGCACAGACAUGUGAACAAUUAAACAAUGCAUGACAUAUUCUUCUUCUGUCAAAUGCACAGUAUGUUUCACUCAAAAGAGUAAGACUUGAAUGAUGGUAUACUGCAUGCUUACAGCACCCUAUCCUUCUCUACUGGUACAUGUUAAAAGAAUUUCAGCCUCUCUAUUGAGAAAACAAGUAUUAGUAUUCAAGUAUUAGGUGCUGUUAUUAGUUAAUAAAAUUGAUUUUUAUACCCCCAGGCUAGUUUUGGAUACAUUUUGUUAAUGCUUAAUGUGUUUUGACUGUUUAAUAAUAUACUGUACUUUGAAGUCGAUUUAAUGUAUUACUAAUGUUUCUGACUGAUUAACACAGUACAGUGAAUAAAUGUGAUCAGCAAACAAACCAAAACCAAUGAAUCAGCAAAUGCAUUUAUUCAAAUACAAAACAAACUUUUCAAACAUUUAAAAACUAUACAGUACACUACAAAAAUCUUCAGCUGCAGUCCAAACUCUCAAAUAAAAAUAAAAGUCACAACUUGCAGUGUAUGGAAAGCCAAAACAUCCAAAAACAGUUGUGUACCAAAAUCUGAUGAGUUUAAGCAGAACAGGCUGAAGAAAAGCACCUCAAGUAUGGUUGCAUGUUAUGACUGGAUACCUGCACUGUAGGGGACAACACAUUCAUUUCAGUGAACUACUGGCAUAGUUUUAUUUCACCUGUUUACUGCAUAGAUUCAGAUAUAAAUCAGUUUUAUUUUUAUCCUUGGCAGUCAAGUGGUUAAAAUGAUAAAGCAUAAUGCCAUGAUGGAAUGGACUGUAUCGAUGUUUGGAUUGUUGCACUUUAAUGAAGAAUUGUCCUUUAACAUGCAAAAAAAAAUAAAAA